AUGCUUCUAAACAAUGCACUAUCUACCCACAACAAUACGAACGGUGACAAUACGAACGGUUACAAUAAGAACGGUGACAAUAAGAACGGUGACAAUACGAACGGUGACAAUAAGAACGGUGACAAUACGAACGGUGACAAUACGAACGGUGACAAUAAGAACGGUGACAAUACGAAGGGUGACAAUACGAACGGUGACAAUACGAACGGUGACAAUAAGAACGGUGACAGUAAGAACGGUGACAAUAAGAACGGUGACAAUACGAACGGUUACAAUAAGAACGGUGACAAUAAGAACAGUGAAAAUACGAACGAUGACAAUACGAACGGUGGCAAUACGAACGGUGACAAUACGAACGGUGACAAUAAGAACGGUGACAAUACAAACGGUGACAAUACGAACGGUGACAAUAAGAACGGUGGCAAUAAGAACGGUGACAAUAUGAACGGUUACAAUAAGAACGGUGACAAUACGAACGGUGGCAAUACGAACGGUGACAAUACGAACGGUGACAAUACGAACGGUGACAAUACGAACGGUGGCAAUAAGAACGGUGACAAUAUGAACGGUUACAAUAAGAACGGUGACAAUACGAACGGUGGCAAUACGAACGGUGACAAUACGAACGGUGACAGUAAGAACGUUGACAAUACGAACGGUGACUAUAAGAACGGUGAAAAUACGAACGGUGACAAUACGAACGGUGACAAUAAGAACGGUGAAAAUACGAACGGUGACAAUACGAACGGUUACAAUAAGAACGGUGACAAUACGAACGGUGGCAAUACGAACGGUGACAAUAAGAACGGUGACACUCAAAUGAAAUGA